UAAUUCCACUCAUCAUUUUACACUGCUCUCUCUCUCUAGAUCAUAAACGCACACAAAAUUCACCACAUCAUGGACAACAUGAAUGACGACGACAUCAAGAGCUUCUGGCCCAACAAUUUCAUCCAAACCGAAGAACUAGGCAGUUACUUCGAAGAUAUGUCUGUUUGCGGUUACUACGACUCGAGCUCGCCGGAGGGAGGGGUCGACCAGUCUGCCGCCUCCAAAAACAUCGUCUCCGAGAGGAAUCGGAGGAAGAAGCUCAACGAGAGGCUCUACGCUCUGAGAGCAGUGGUCCCCAACAUCAGCAAGAUGGAUAAGGCGUCGAUCAUCAAGGACGCGAUCGAGUACAUCGAGUCGCUGAACAACGAGGAGAGGCGGAUCCAAGAGGAGAUCCUGGAGCUGGAAUCGGGCGGGGCUCCGGCUUUCUACUCGGAUCAUCAAGCUGAAUCCACUGCGUAUUCGGCUUCGCAGCCGAUUAAGAGGAGUAGAACGAUGGAGAAUUACUACGAUUCGUGUGUGUCGUCGACUUCUGCGCCGUCGUCUACCUCCUACCCAAUGCCGCCAGCGUCGUCUCCGAUUGAUCUCCUCGAGUUGAGGGUGUCAAAUAUGGGGGAGAAGACGAUAGUGGUGAGCUUGACCUGCAGUAAAGGACCGGACACAAUGGUGAAGCUGUGUGACAUCUUUGAAUCGUUGAAUCUCAGAAUCAUCACCGCUAAUAUCACUGCUUUCUCAGGCAGGCUUCUCAAGACUGUUUUCGUCGAGGGUGAUGAUGAGGACAAAGAUGUUCUGAAUUUCAAGAUAAGAGCUGCUAUAGCAGCUCUGAAUGAUCCAUACAGUCCAAUUAGCAUAUGAUUAAACAAUCACUUGUCUUCAAUUAAAAAAAAAGGUUUAUUUAUUUAUUUAUCUUUAAACAAUAUAUUUACAUGUAAAAUUUAUAUGUGUGUAUUUGAGUGUGAUUGCACUUCAAUCAAUGGUAAUUUCACAUCAUUAUGUAAUACUAUUAUCUUAAUUUCAGGUUUUAGCUUUGUCUUUCAAUGUACUGUAUAUGUAAAUAAGCAAGUUGGUUGAUUUUAAAA